GAAGGAUUCUGUCUUAUCGGCAAUGUCAAGUGUGAAAAAAAGCAGAUGACAUGAGACGCUUGAGUUAUGUUAUGACAUGUUUUAAGUUUUGACAUUUGGAUCAGCUUAUGUUUUUCUUAACAAAUAGUUAUUUUGUGAUUUGUAGUUGUAAUUUGUAGUAUGGAAUGUACAACUUUAAAAUAUUUUUAAUUUGUUUUUAUUAACUGUAGCUCUAUUUCCCAAAAAUCUAGUAUAUGUUGGUUUCUCAUGGAUGUUUUCAUUAUGAACAACUAUUCCUAGAGUAGAGUUAACACGUUGUUGAAGUAAAGAGAAAAUGUAGGAUGAGCCCUUCUAGGUAAAAAAUGGUAAGGAUCUGACCAACAGUUGUGGCGAAAGAAAUAGCUUCAAGUGCUAUUACAGCAUCGGAUGUAAGAUGUGCUAGGAACAAUGUGGUUGAUUUUUCUUUCAUGGUGUAUAGGGGCAGCUUUGGCCAUGUCAUUGGUGUUUUGCAUCUGUUGGAGGAAGAAACCCCCAAAUGAUGAUUGGCAAGGCUUGGAUGGCAUGGUAACCCAGAAAAACCCAGAUGAAAAUGUCAAUCACCUUCCUUCAGCAACCACUUGCAUGAUAGAUGGUGUCCACACACCUGGAGAUUCAGUAGAUGCCAAAAGGAACACCAUUUCAAAUCCUAGAAGAAGCUUGCCUGAUAUUCCUUCUGAGCAAAGCAAUGGUGUGAAUUGGGAUCCAACAGGAGAUAAUUCAUCAGAAUUAUAUGCUACUGUGGGGCAGUAUCAAAAUCAAAACUCAGCAAAAAGGCAUACCAUAGCAAAUGGUUUGGAAGCAAGGCCCAGCAUUUCGCAGCACAGCUCCAUCAGUCAGGCUGAUGACACAUUUUCACCUUAUGAAAGAGUCAAUUAUGAUAAGAUACAAUCAAAAGAACAUCCAUAUGCACAACUUCAGCCUCCAACUUCAAGAAUAACAGCAGCAGAGGAAAGUCACACAUCACAGGAGGGAGUUAGUUUGUUGAGAUCCGAGCUACAACCAGGCGUUCCGGCGCCGUCCACCGCAGAGCCGACUGCUCCUAGCAGAUCCAGAAGGUCUUCUUCGCAUUCGGGGGGCUCUGUGAUGCCCGACGUGAUCCCGGCGGCCUCGGCGGUGGCCGGGGUGUUGGCGGCAAGCCCCGAGCUGCAUACAUGACACCGCCGGUGCCCCAACAGCCGCAGGCGCAAAAUCAUCAGCAGCAGGUGAAUUUUAGCGGGGACUCACAGGAUUCCUCAAAGGGUUACACCAGCAUAAGUGUUCGUGAACCAUUAGCGAAUAUUAUCGCACAAACGAAAGAGAUCAAUAUCAGAAAAAGAGAAAUGGAUCCGCACUAUUCGACUGUCUCAGAUGAUUCUGAUGACGUGUACACCACCAUUCCGGAUUCGAAUGGCGACGCGACAGCUUCCCGCAUCCCUCUAACUGUAGAAGCGGAAAUUAACGCGCCUCCUUCAACCAGCAGCGUCACCGCAAUUAACGAAUACGAGGAUGACGACGAGGCGAUAGACGAACUGUAUGAACCGCCUCCGGGCAAUAGGCAGCCGCAUCCAGGAGGGGGUGGUACGGUUGCCGCAGCACCGGUGCAGGCGGGUAGUACGGCGCAACAUUCCAGGCAGGCUUCAUCAUCUAGUUCAGUAACAAUCCUCGGUUCGCCGAAACCAGAAAAACGUCAAGCCAACUCACCUUUACCACCUCCACCAACAGCAUGUAGCUUUGACUUCCAUGCUGCCGGUGAUAAGCCACAAAUAAGUAGGAAUUUGGAUGAUCUUUAUGCUAAGGUGCAUAAAACCAAAAAAGAUGAGGCGAAUGGAGAUAGUAGCAAUGGACACUCAGACAGAUCGACUUUGCCAGGAAACAACAUUCCUAUCAAGGCAGACGUUGAAAGUAAGGAAAUCAAACUACGGAAAGAGCACAACUAUGAGACUUUGAGGAAACCUAGAAGAACGAGUGAUCCAGGUUACGAGAAGAUAAAAGGUAACGAGGAACCAGGUUAUGCCAGUAUUAAUGGACCAGAAAGUAUUUCCAGCUCCGAUCCAGGUUAUGAAGUAUUAAAAGAUAGAUUACCGUCCGAGUCGGAUCCAAACUAUGAGGAGCUGAGACACAGAACGUCAAACGCUAGUGACUGUUCUGGUUACUCUAGAAUUAAAGAAAAGGAUAUUAAUGACGGAUAUUCCGUAGUUAAUAAGAGAAAAACGAAGUUAUCAACUUUACCCGCAUACAAUGCUGACAAUGGAGCCAUAGAUGAGCCGAACUAUGAGAGCAUGCCGACGUCAGAGCCGAACUAUUCGGCUUUGAAGUCAAACGGUAGUGAAUCGGAUCCUAACUACGAAACUGUAGAUAAGCAUGAUCCGAACUACGAGAGUGUGGAUGAUUUGAUCGAACCACCUUAUGAGAGGCUGGAUGAAGACCUCAGUAAAACUAGUUCGGAUAUUUCUGGGUACGAGAGGAUACGAAGGAAAGGGGUAGAAGCCAACGAUAAUUCAGAAGGCUCGGCAGGUGUGAGCAAGUCAUUAUCUGAGCGGACGGAGCCUCCAUAUGAGCAAUUGAACAACGAUACUGAGGACUCAGAUGUUCCCGGUUACGAAAGAAUCAAAAGCAAAACUACCACUACCAUUAACACUCUCAGCCCAAAUUCCUCCGGCAGCUCCGGAGAUCCACUCAAUUCCAAUGAGAUCAUGGACGAAGACUCCAUCAUACAGGUCUAGUAGUAAAAUUCAGUAUUUUUGUGCCUAGGGUCGAUUUUUCUCGAUGUAACAUGAGACGUUUGUUCGAGCUGAAGCUAUUGCGAAGAAUAUAAAGCAGCGAUUAUUCUGAUGCCAAAAAGUAUUUACAAGUGAAAGAUACAUUGGUCAAAGUAUUCUGAAUUUUUCUUGCUGAGUUUUGGAGAUGGUUAUUAGCAUAGAAUAAGUACAAAUGUUUUAUGGAUUGUUCAGGUGAGAAUAAUAGAUGGUGCAGGGUAAAAGAGCUUUUUCAGUUUUUCCUGCACCAUGUGGAUUAAAAAUGUCGAAAUUAAUAUUUCAAAUAUGCACAAUAUAUUCUAAAAAAAAUUAAUCAAAAUGUGGCAAGAUAAAUAUCCAGGUAGUCUUGGUCUCUAUUCUGGAUACUUAAAUUUUGGUGUUUAUUUCAAAAGGUGUGGAACUCAAAAGGAGAGUUUUUAUUUGGGAAAUCAAAGUGUCACAUUUUUAGUUGUAACCAUUUUGACACACACACACACAGAUUUUAUGCAGAUGGGUAAGAUGAAUUGUUACAAUUGACUGAAGUUGAGGUAAACUUAAUGUGAACAUUGAAAAUUUAUAAGGAAAAACUUUAGAUAUUACUUUGUUUAGAUAGCUUGUUUUGUUAACAUCGAGAAGAAUUGACCUGAAAGUCCGUUGGUGCUAAAAUGAUAUUUUUGAGGUUUUAUUUUCAACGAAUAAGAUAUAUGAUAUAUAUGUAGAGAAUGUGAUUUGGUAAAUUCUUUCACUUAUUUUUUUAGUAUUUUCAUAUGUGACCUUUAGGUUUAUGUCGUGAUUGUACUUUGCUGAUUACCAAACAAUGUUCAGUUUAAAAUGUAUGAGUUCAGUCUUCCGCAGGUUUUUUAUGUUGUGCCAAAAGUCACUUGAUAUCUAUUAUACUACCGAUAGACUGCUUCUUACUCAAUAGUUGUAUUUUUUGUUAGAUUGCAGAGUAAUAUAUUAAAGUUUUUUUACUACUUUUAA